GACAUCGACACGGCGCGCUCCCGCAGCUGCACGGCGCUUAUUUAGAUAGUUUAGUAACCAGAAAUCCCCCUGGGAAUAAAUCCAUGUUGUUACACACGUAUGGACGACGGAGAGUGAAGCAUUUGGGAAACACGGACGCCACUUUGGAGUACAGUUUUCACGACUUGUUGGAAGCUUAAAAGCGGGUUCCGGUGGCGAUAUUUUUUUUCUGUCAGGAAGUUUGACGUAUUCGGUUGAAGAUUGUUUCUUACUUUGUUUUGGUUUGGGGGAAAGUUGUGGAUUGCUGUAAAGAACAGAAACCGCACGAAAUCUCUUUGACUCAGUAAAGACUGCGUUUUUUUCAUAUUAAAAUCUGUUAGGAGCUUUCAUGAGUACUUCAGGAACCGUAAUGUAAGAGCUGAAGCUCUGCGGAGUGCAAACACCGCUGGAGUUUAUCAUACUUGGCUUCUUUUGACAUAUGAAUAAUUUGAGUUUAUAUGUAUAUUAACACUAUACGUGUAGAUUUGUUUCUGCUAGUGUCAUUUCAGUCAGUUUUUGGUACAAGUUUGAACUCCAUCAUGACUGAAUCAAAUCCCCCUGCACUGUUUUUAUAGGCCUUUAUGUAUUCUUACAUGUGUAUGUUUAUGGCCAUAAUUAAGUUGCAGUGCAAUGCAGUUGUAUGCAAAGUAAAGAUAUCUGCAGCCUAGAUUAUUUUGGACUCCAACCUGGCAACACAGAGAAGGAAAAUCUGCAAACUUAGCAGGAAGAGAGGCUGUAAUCACGGAAAUCGGUCGGUCUUUUCCUCUGGCGGAGCUGUUACUCAGAAAUGGAUUUCAUACAGGCCACACGGUUAUUGUUACACCUUGUUUGGUAGUUUAAUGUUCGUGUUUUAUGAGAUACAGCUCUCUGGCCUGCGAGGCUGAAAGUGUAGAUACCGUGUGUGGCAAAUGUGACAAUGUUUUGGAAAUUUAAGUUUUCCAAAGAUCCGAGGUUGCAGCGGAGCAGAAGUUUGUCUCUGGGCCACAGCUGGAGCAGCCCGAUGUAGGCUUUUUUCCAUCGGAACAUUUUCUCUGUAAAGCUCCCAGCUGUCUGAUGUUUUUGUUUUUACUACCUGGAAAUUACCCGUGUGUGUGAGCGCUUUAAUUUUCCGUUGAAGAAGACGAGUUACCUGGGGGGGUCAGCCCCGCCAUGGCGCCCCUACUCUCACACACGCUCCCCGGUGUGUCGGUCUGACUGAGGGCUCCGAUGGACGUGAGCAACGGCCGGACCUACUGCGUCAUCCCAAACGCGAGACACCGGUGACCGACUGUCGGCUGCACGCGAAACAAGCCUGGUCUUGUCCCAACGAAGGUUGUCAAGGUGACAGGCUGUGGCCGGGUUGGCAAGUUUCUGAAGACUUGUUUGUUGACCACAUACGCAAAUAUCGCCACAAUGAAUGAGAGGCAGGCUCUCCACUCUAUAAUGAAGGACCUGGUUGCCCUCCAGAUGACACGGCGCCAGCCUGUGCUGUCGUAUGACAGCGGCAAACCCAAGGCACCGGCCCAGGCCAACAGACAGGACGAUGUGAGGAUAAAGUUUGAAUUCUCAGGCGAGCGGAGGAUCCUGAUGUUUGGGAGGCCCGUGCAGUUCGAUGAAAUCCAGCAGAAAGUCAAGGCUGUCUUUGGCCAGCAGCUAGACCUGCAUUAUAUGAACAAUGAGUUGUCCAUCCCUCUGCGAGAUCAGGAUGACCUAGACAAGGCGAUCGACCUGCUGGACAGAAGCUCCAACAUGAAGAGCAUCAAGAUCCUGCUGCUCACUCAGGAGCACAGCAAUGCCUCCUCCCCCUCCCACCACGUGCCAUGCAAGCAGGUGAGGAUCAAGUCCUCCCAGUCCACUGGAGACGUCAGCACGGUGUAUCAGUCCUCCGAGCCCAGGGGGCGCCACCUAUCAACUGGUUCUCAGAACACGGGGCGUAGCUCACCGCCUCCUGGCUACGUACCUGAACGCCAGCAGAGGAUCGCCCGCCAAGGUUCAUACACCAGCAUAAACAGUGAGGGGGAGUUCAUCCCUGAGACCAGUGAUCAGUGUGUGUUGGAUCCCUGGAGCAGUGCAGAAAACUCUGUCUCUGGAAGCUGUCAGUCUCUGGACAGCAACUCAGACAGCCCCUCGCUGAGGAAGUCUCGCAUGCACAGAGCCAAGAGUUACCCUGAUAAUCGUCAGGAGUGCUCAGACAGGGAGAAUCAUGUGUAUGACAGGGUAGCAGGGAAAGGAGGCACCUAUCCUCGUAGGUACCACGUCUCCCUGCAUCACAAGGACCACAGUGAAGGCCGACGGACGUUUCCGCGGAUCCGUCGCCCCCAGGGCAACCUGUUCACUCUGGUGCCCUCGCGCCGGUCGCUCAAUGGCAGCGAGGAGAGUUUGGGCAGCUGGCAGCUGGUCGAUGCUCAGGGCAGGCUCCGUCCCCAAGAUCGUUCUGUUCCGCAUAAGUCACCCAGUGCUCCCAUGACGUGGCGGCGGGGGAAGCUUCUGGGCCAGGGAGCGUUUGGACGAGUUUACCUGUGUUACGAUGUGGAUACUGGGAGGGAGCUGGCUGCCAAGCAGGUCCAGUUUGACCCUGACAGUCCUGAAACCAGCAAGGAGGUCAGUGCUUUAGAGUGUGAAAUCCAGUUGCUGAAAAAUUUGCAUCACGAGCGCAUUGUUCAGUACUACGGCUGUCUGAGGGACCACAAUGAGAAGACCCUCACUAUUUUCAUGGAGUACAUGCCGGGGGGUUCAGUCAAAGACCAGCUGAAGGCCUACGGGGCACUGACAGAAAACGUGACCCGAAAGUACACAAGGCAGAUCCUGGAGGGCAUGUCCUACCUGCACAGCAACAUGAUCGUACACCGGGACAUCAAAGGUGCCAACAUCCUGCGGGAUUCAGCGGGCAACGUGAAGCUUGGAGAUUUUGGUGCCAGCAAGAGGCUGCAGACCAUCUGCAUGUCUGGCGCUGGCAUCCGCUCUGUGACCGGCACCCCCUACUGGAUGAGCCCGGAGGUGAUCAGUGGAGAGGGCUACGGCAGGAAGGCUGAUGUCUGGAGCCUUGGUUGUACGGUGGUGGAGAUGCUGACAGAAAAGCCUCCAUGGGCUGAAUACGAGGCCAUGGCGGCCAUAUUCAAGAUCGCCACCCAGCCCACCAACCCACGGCUGCCCUCGCACACCUCCGACCAGGCACAGGACUUCAUAAGCUGCAUUUUUGUGGAGGCCAAACACAGACCCAGUGCUGAGGAGCUGCUCAGACAUCCCUUCUCCCAGAUUCUGUGCUGAAACCUGCCUGGUUUCUGAACUUUAACCACAGAGUAGCCUCAGCAGUAUCUGUAGCUUCCUGAAAGCCAUCCACGGCAGAAAUCCAGAUGUUGAACUGGUCUAGAAGUCAGUGUUUUAACCCACUGAACCUCUGCCCUUCUUACACAAAUCCAAAUAACAAGGCAGUCCAACAACAACUGUCAUCAAUGCCUUGAAAACCAAUGCCAGUAAAUGCUCUUACAAGAGUCACCACCAGGGGGAAACCAAACAUUAAGUAUCUGGUGGGCUGCUGAUCUUUCUCAGAUACAAACACGCGCACACACUCCAAAGGCAGCAUCAUUCAAGUCAAGCAGUCUCCAAAAAAUAUCCUCUCCUGUGUUUACAUUCACACGUUGGGCAGUUGUGAAAAAUUGAAGUCUAGGAAGCCUCACAGUGUUUGACAUUUAAACAUUCAGCUCAGCACCAUUUUAAAGCUACAGGUCACCACAGUGUGAAUUGGUUUGUUCUCUCAUUUCCACUUCAUCUCUGUCUCAUUUUAAAAAAGAAAACCCUUAAACUAGAGCUCUGUUGAAACAGCUUAAGCUAUUAGUGAAGCACUUUGCAGUUCUGACUGCAUGCUUGUGUAGAUUGAGUGAAAUAGAUGAAGCAACGAUACAUGGAGACAUGUGUAGAGUAGCUACACUGGAGUUUAGUAGAACAGUAAUUAAUGUUAAACACACCAAAGUAUUUUUUGGUUCGAGCCCUACAUAUUUUACCAUGGUCUAGUAAUCUUGCAGGUAGAAAUUAAAGGUACACUAUGCAGGAUUGUCUGUUACUGUUUCGCCUUCACAAGCGAAAGUAAAAGCCAACCCCAGAUUCACUCGUUCAGCGUUCUGCCUCACUGUAUUUGCGUAUUUGGGUGCUGUGUCUCUUGGAUGCCUGCUGCUUAUUGUCUGGCACCCAGGCGCUACCUUUUUAUAAAACCCUGAUCUCACCUGAGCGCUUUGGGGAUACAUGGCCAUAAAUAUCAUGAGCAUAGAAAACAAGAAGAAAAUAGAAAACUACAGGCAGAGGGCCAGAGUCUCUGCAGAAAAAUACAGCACUGCACUGAAAGUGAGUCGUAAGUGAUGACUGAGGGGAAUUACUUCUGUAUGAGUUCAUAUAUUGUUUUUAAAGAAAAUCCUGCAUAGUAUAUCUUUAAUAAUAAGAGCUAAAUACAUAUGUUUCUCCACUGAUAGUACCUUCAGUGGACCUUGAUGCAAGGCUGCUGGUAGCCCCAGUUUAUCUGUUACGUGUUUCUGUUACAUUCAAGUCACAGUGAGAAGCAUCUGUUUCUGUUUCUUGGUUGUACAAAAAUGGCAAGGAUAUAUGUUGUCCAGCUACUGGGAUAGAAAAUACAGACAUAAAUUGACAAACUUAUUACAAAAUCUUUUUUUUUUUUUUUUUUUUUUUGGGUUCAUAGUGCAGCAAAUGGGAUUUUUUUUCUUCGUCCAAAUGGUCAGAAGAGGAUUUUUGAAACUUUGGAAAUACAUCCAGAGCAGUGGUUUAAGAUUUAUUUUUCAGAAAAACAAAUGCUUAGCUCUGUGGCUUAAAAGUAAUUGUAACAUGAGAGGCACAAACUGAGGCUUUGCAGCUACAACACCUGAUUUAAGUCAAAGAUAUGGCUCUUUAUUUUCUCUUGCUUCACUGUAAUUAUCACUGUUUCCGUUCUUCUACCUGUAAAACUAACCAGUUGAGUCUUGGGCUGCCUACAUUCAAAAUUCUAGCCUCAAUUACGAGAAUCAGUGCAUUUUAAUACAGUUUAUCAAAUAAUCCACUCACAUAAAGCAUGAGGAUAACAAGUGGAGUUUUCCUUUUAAGAUUUUUCUCAUUAAAAUGAGUCCUCUGUCUUGUACUACCUUUCACCUCAGUGUGACUUAUCCCUCUACCCGCCAUCCUCUUAUUGUGGCUCUUCAGUAUCUCAUGUUUAUUGCCGACAAAGUGCCAAAAAGGGGCAGAUGAAAUAUUAUAUUACAGACUUGGUAUGAGUUAUAUGUGAAAAUAAAGCAGAUGGUGCUUUUUAUGGUUUGGAAAAUACAAACUAAAGGCCUUAAUUUGGAAGUGAUUUCCUUUGCCUAACUGUUGAUGUGUGUCUGGCCCAAACAUCCCUGGCUGAGAAGCCUUAGCUUACGGAUCAAUUUGAAAUCAGAUGCACUUUUAUGUCAAAUGAAUGUUGUGGAGUUUUUGUUCUCUUUACCAAAUUUGAUUUUUUUUAUCUUCAAAUGUGAAAUUUUUUUUCAUUUUUAUUUAUAUCCCCAUGUCCAUCCCAAUUAGAUUUUUAUAAGCAAAUAUAUAUGUAUAAAUAUAUUUUUUAUAUCUAGACUGUGUCAAAUCUAAUGAUACUUUCAGGACUUUGUGUCGUUAAAAGUAAAUCAUUGAAAGCAGCUGGUUUUGCAGACAUUACAGAAUUGGGGUUUAUAAAUGAAAAAUGGGUGGAAAACGAACUCUGGCUGCCUGGUUCUUGUUCCAGCUCAAAAAAAAGAAACCUUUCCACACAUUCGUAGCUAUACAUUUAGAUGACAGUGUUACCUGACAGGUUAUGGAAACUUUGUAUCAUUUGCUCAUUCUGCUUUGACGCAUCAGUGAGGUCUCAUGAAUGAAACCUUUAACUGCUGGGAGUAUUUUUUGUGUGAGCUCAGUUGUUAGUGAAAUGUAAUUAAGGGGUGUGCAUGAGCCAAAGACGAGCAGGAUCAGAGCCAGUGCUGGAUUUCAGAGUUCGCUGUUCAACCCAGAUGACGACUUUGUUUAUCCCAGGGUUCAGACGCGUCCAGUAUUGAAUGACUUUCUGGGCAAAGGGCUUGACAUUGCCUGAAGGCUAACAUGAGAACGUUCUAAGGGGCUGCUACAGGCUAAAGGCAGCUAAAAUAUGUUGAAAAUAAUAUUUUGUUUAAAAGACAGUGAGAUAAUGAACCCUGUGGUAAGCAAAUGAAUACAAGCUAGUUGUUUAGAGAUCUAUAUAUGUAAAUGUAUGAUUAUGUAUCAUGACAGGACUUGCAGUGCAAAGUCUGAUGUAUCAAAUUUAUUUUACAGCAAGAAAAGAAUAGUAUGUUUAAUGACAGUGUUUAUAUAUGUCAUGUCCUCUCCCCAAAACAAAUAAAUUGUUUAUAAAAAAUG